CAGGGUCUGGUCCCGGGCACGCUGGCCCGGACCUGGGGAGGAGGCGCGCGUGCCCCGAGCCCGGCCUUGCCAAGCCCUUUUCGCAGGCCCGCGAAGCCUGCAGGCUAGGAACGGCGUUCGUCCUUUCUCUACCCACCCCUCCCCUCCCCUGCAGGGUGCGCGCGCACGCGAGGUCUGCGGGCUCGUGCACGCGUGCUAGCGGUGUGUGUUGGAGAUUGUCUAAAGCCACAGGGAAAAUGGUGGAAAAUUCACCGUCGCCAUUGCCAGAAAGAGCAAUUUAUGGCUUUGUUCUUUUCUUAAGCUCCCAAUUUGGCUUCUUACUGUAUCUUGUGUGGGCAUUUAUUCCUGAAUCUUGGCUCCAUUCCUUAGGAUUAACCUACUGGCCUCAAAAAUACUGGGCAGUUGCAUUGCCUGUCUACCUCCUCAUUACUAUAGUAAUUGGUUACGUACUCUUAUUUGGAAUAAACAUGAUGAGUACCUCUCCACUCAACUCCAUUCAUACAAUCACAGAUGACUAUGCUAAAAAUCAGCGGCAGAAGAAAUACCGAGAAGAGGCCAUCCCAGCAUUAAGAGAUAUUCCUAUUAGUGAAGUAAACCAGAUGUUCUUCCUUGCAAGCAAAGAACCGUAUGCCAAAAAGUCCACACAGGUGCCACUCAGCAGUACACCCUGGAGAGAGAGGCCAUCAACACCCAAAGGACACCGUGGAGCUCCCUGUGGGGCAGGCAUCCAUCCCCCAACAGAGCGGUUGUGAGCUGAAUUCAUUCAGCUUCAGACUGAGCUGCAGUCGCCAUGGCAACGGUGCCCUCGGUAACGCAGGCCUGUGUUGGCUCUUCUCAGUUUUGCUCCCUUGCUGCCCACGCCUUCCUAAUGUCACUUUCCAAAUAAACUGCCUACACACA